ACGAGCUAGAAAGUAGAAUCAAAUUUGUUCACCUUAACUUCACUUCACACCCACCAUCAAGUCUCAUAUUAUCAACUCUCCCAAGUCCAAGUACAUAUCUCUAUUUAAGCUCCUUAUCUUUCCAACCAAAUCUCUCUUCACAUCACACAACAAAUAGUAGACAACACCAACACCAACACCAACACCAACAAUGGUAGUCCUAUCCAAACCAGCAAUUGAACAGUGCUCUUUUAUUAGAAACUGCAUACCCACCACCACCACAUUUUAUACUGGAAUUCCCAUAAUAGACCUCUCAAAACCUGACUCCAAGAACCUCAUAGUCAAGGCCUGUGAAGAUUUUGGAUUCUUCAAGGUCAUCAAUCAUGGAGUCCCACGUCAGUUUAUUACCAACUUGGAAUCUGAAGCUAUUAAAUUCUUCUCCUUACCACUCUCAGAAAAAGAAAAGGCAGGGCCUCCUACUCCAAUGGGGUAUGGUAACAAGAGUAUUGGACCCAACGGUGAUAUUGGUUGGGUCGAAUACCUUCUUUUAACAACCAAUCCAGAUUCAUGCUCUCACAAAUUUCUCUCAGUUCUUGGAGAAAACCCAGAAAUGUUCCGUUCUGCUUUGAAUGACUAUAUAUUAGCUGUGAAGGAGAUGACCUGUGAGGUUCUUGAAUUAAUGGCUGAUGGAUUGAAGAUUCCAACAAGUAAUGUGUUCAGUAAGCUUUUGAAGGAUGAAAAGAGUGACUCUGUUUUCAGGCUCAAUCACUACCCUCCAUGCCCAGACUUUCAGGCUUUGGAAGAUAGCAAUAUGGUUGGAUUUGGAGAGCACACUGACCCUCAAAUCAUAUCUGUGCUGAGGUCCAACAACGCAUCUGGCCUUCAAAUUUCUCUGAGAAAUGGGAAUUGGAUUUCAGUCCCACCUGAUCAGGACUCAUUCUUCUUUCUUGUGGGUGAUUCUUUGCAGGUUAUGACCAAUGGAAGGUUCCAAAGUGUGAGGCACAGGGUUCUGACAAACAGCUUGAAAUCAAGAGUUUCAAUGAUAUAUUUUGGUGGACCACCUUUGAGUGAGAAAAUAACUCCAUUACCUGCACUUAUGAAAGGAGAAACGAGCUUGUACAAAGAGUUUACAUGGCUUGAGUAUAAAACAUCAGCUUAUAAUACAAAAUUGGCUGAUAAUAGGCUUGGGCACUUUGAGAGAAUUGUAGCCUCGUAAUGUUACAUAAGUCUCACCCUUUUGGGAAAAAAAAAAAAAAUGCAUGGUGGCUUAAUAGUACUUAAAAAAUAGGUUUGAAAUAGUCGACCGAAUUACUCAAAAACCAAAAAAAAGAGGGUAGUAGAUCAAAUUUCCAAUAGAUGGAAUACUUUCACUUUGUAUUUUCUUUGUUGCUUUGCUUGGUUUGCCUCCUGUUUCAGCUACAAACUUCUUGUAACCACCUUUCUUGUUAAUAAUACUGUAGUUUCUUUUUUA